UCACUCGGCGGUGAAUGACGGACCCAAGUCAACGCCCCUUUGCGGAGACUAACCAAUAGCAGUAAUGCUCGAUUAAUAUUAAUGAGCUUAGCCUUCGCCAUAUAAGGAAGACUCGGACUUAAAUUCCCGGGAGACAGUUGUAGUUAUACAUAAGGCUGAAUGACAAUUGUAACCGUAUAAACAUUAAUUAUUAAUGCAUUAUUUAAAUUAUUUAAAGUUACAUGUAUUGAGAUUGAAUUGAAGUGUAUCUAUUUAAAUCAAUCAAUAAACAUAUGCAAACGAAAGUCUUGUGCAGCGUUGGUGGUUCUGGGUGAGUUCCUCUGAGACUUCCUCUCUGAGUCUGACCUGUCUUCUAGUUCUAGUGUGUGCACACAGGAGAGCAGCUCAGUGUGUGCUUGUCUGUUAGCUGUGAGAGAUGGGAGACCUCCAGUCUCUGCGAUUCUUCAUCAGCGGUCUGGAUCAGCGGUCUCUACCCCGCAUCCUGCAGAUCUGCUCUGGGGUCUAUUUCCAGGGGUCCGUGUAUGAGCUUUCAGGGAGUGAGGUGUGUUUAUCUACUGGAGAUUUUGUGAAGAUCAUUGGUCUAGAGCUCCUGUCUGUGUCAUGUGAGGAGAUCGACACUGGAACUUCCUUUGAACUGCCGACUGGAUAUACAGGUCACUUCAGUCUCAUCGCUGAGGACCUUCCGUACAAUACAAUAGAGGAAAUUGUGGGUUUGUGUCCUGUUGGAGUGGACGCCUGCGGCUCCUUCACCUUCAUAUGCCAAACCGAGCUGACUAUAGACAACUUCACGCUAUCUGCAGGAAAACAGCUGACCCUGCUGUCAGUGGAGGAGGCCAGGAAUGGAGAAAGACUGGCGCGGUGUCAGGUGUUUGGGCAGAACAUGGCCUCGGCAGAGAUCCUGCUUCCCAUGGACCUCAGAGGAGAGUUUUACGAGUGCCAGAGUGACCGUGGCUACUCUCUACAGGAAAUCAUGUCAUCAUCCAGACUGAGCUGUCGUCACUUCCGCAGUAAAGCAGAGAAGAACAGUGGAAGCACGUUGAUUUUUAGCCCAGUGUAUGAAAUUAGUGCCAUCAUGCAUAUGAGGAAGAAUGUAGUCAAGUUCCCAUCCAGCCUGGAAGUGGACGUCGAGGACGUGACAGAACAGUUCCCAGAUUUAGUUUUCAUAACCCCGCUAUCAAUGACUGAAGUUGCGAGUCAGCCAGCGCAGUCCUUCCCGACUAUGGCAGAGAUCCUUGAUGCCCCAGAAGGCAAUCAGUUUUUUAAUUGCAGCUGGUUCCAUGAACUGCAAAGUGGCAGGCAGCUCGUGUUACAUGCGUGUAGCACAACAACAAUGAUAUUAGCCUCGACUCCAAAGGGGAGGAAGGGAAAACAGUACUUCGUCAUCUCCAAGAGCUAUAAUGGACGAAUGAGAAGAAGGGCCCGGGAAUUUGAAUCAGUGUAUGAGCUAUACUUGGCAUCCUCUCAGACUCCAGGACUGAAAGUGAGCGUGACCCGUCACUGCGAGGCGGUGGAGGAAGAGGGAAUCCCUGCGCUCAGUGUCGGAGAACAGCUGGAGGUUUUGGGAAAGGCGCCAAUGGAUGGAGCUGCUCAGAAAGCUGAAUGUUUAAUUUGCAAGCGGACUACGGAGGUGGAUGAGGACGAGGAUGAGGAAGAUGAAGACGACAGCGAGGAAAUCUCUCUGCCACUGUUUAUGGCAGGUCACUUUGUGGAAAAGCUUUCAGACAACAAGAAGUAUAAAUUAACAGACUUAAUAAGCAGCACUUUGCCUCUGGAUGUUAAAGUGGUGACUCGGGACAAAGAGCUAGAAAAAGAUCCGCUGAUGGGGUUACCAGCACUUCAGCUUGAGGAGACUUUCACAGAGACUAUAGUGUUGACAAGUCUACCAAAUCAACCAGACCGCUGCUUUGAGCUGCCAGUACGCUGGAUACAAAUGUCUCUGUGCUUCACCUCCGAUCAUCUGCCGUGGUCCACGUCCCCAGAACGUCAUGUAGAGACAGUCACAGAGGUUACUGAGAAAUUCUACUAUGAAUAUCAUAAACUCGUGAGCAAAAUUGAGGAACCACCUCCUCGUCCACCAAAGAGGAAGCCAUCCACUGCAGAAGUGCCGAAGAAGUCCAAAUCUAAACCGAAAUCAUCAAAAUUAAGGAGUGCCGUGACCAAACAGCUUGACAACCUUUCGCUGGGUGAGAAAAAGGAAAAACGAGCUCCUGCUCCGCCUCUGCCUGAAGAUACUCUAGAGCUGCCCCCUCCACUGUUGCCCCGGAAAGCCUCUUCAGCAGCUCACAGCGUCACGGUGCACAACACGUAUGUGAAAAGCCCCACAACAGCAUACAAAUCAGCACAGGGACUCUCGGACGCUGACCUCGACUCUGAACAUGACUAUGAGUCUAUCGAACAUUCAUUUAAAAACCCACACGAAAGCUUGUUUUAUUAGCUCAAGGACACUUGUAUUCUGCGGUCUUCAUAACAAGGCGUGCCAAAGAAACCAGAGAAUAAAAAAAGAAAAAAGCACCAGCUAAUACGAGUCCCCUCUGCACCGAAACAUUAUGCUAAUAUGAAAUACUUCAGACGACACAAGGUUUAACAAACAGAACAUUUAUUGUAAAUCAUGUCCUUUUCACUGCUUUUUAUUACAGUAUGCUGAACUUGAACGAAAAUAGCUUUAUAUGAGUGUGCUUUUAUUAAAAUGACCAAAACUAAUUGAAUUUUUUAUUUUUUUCAUGAACACUAUGUAGAUCUGACCACAAAGGUGAUUAGGCUUCAUUGUCUGUUGAUCUGAAGUGGUCCUCAUCAAUAGUGGAGAAAAUGUGUCCUUCGUUGCUGAGAAAAUCCACAAUUUGCCUGUAAAAACGAAAGGAGAAGUGAGAAUCAAGCCGGAGUGAAAAGAACUGGUGUUAGGUGAUGAGGUGCAGCCGACAGAUAUUAGACUCGGGCCUGGGCUUGUGUUUUUAGACGCCUUUUCACACAGUUGACUUGGUUCAGCAUUACAUAGAAAGAGUUUGACAAUCAUUUGCAUAUUGCAAUCUGCGAAACAUCUGGUGGUUAAAAAUUAAACGCAGUUUCAAAUAAAAGCAGUUCCUUUGAACUUUCUAUUCAAAGAAUUCUAAAAAAAACCAACAACAAAAAGAAAAACUAUCAUCAUGGUUUGCACACAAAUUUAAGGCAGCCAAGAAACUUAACAUUUAUAAUAAGAACCAUUAUUAGUAGCUACUGCUCAAUUAUCAUCAAUUAUGAUUGGCAAAGACUAAUGACACUGAAAUUAAAAUGGAAGUUACUUUAACCUGUAAGAAUAUUUUACAAGAUCACUGUUUUUGCCGUUUAUGAAUAAUUAAAUGCAGUUUGGUGAGCAUAAGAGACUUCUUUCAAAAACAAAAACGUGAUUUUUUUUAAACUUAAACGGUAAUGUGAGUUAUCAGCUCCGCUUUACUGAUUUAUUACUGUUUUUGCCACUUUAGGUUUGCUAAAAAUGUCACUUGUGUAUGUCUAAGAGCACAUGUCUGUGAAUAAUGAGAAACACUGAGCGGUUAUGAGUCGCUAACAUCUCAAUAGUUGCUUAGGCUGGUCGUUUUCUCACGCAGGUGAGACUUUAUCAUCAGUUUAGCACUCAUAUCUGCUGUCAAGAUCAUCUCACACUUGUUACGUGUUACUAAUUCUAAUGGUCAGAAACGCGGACUGCACAUAGCACUUUUUUUGUGUUGUUGCACAUUUGUCACAUUGCUGAAUUUCUCUGUACUGUUGCUUCAUCAUAACUACAAAAACAGCCAGAUAGACGGCUUAGUAACUUAUAUUAAUUUUAACUGUUGCCGUUCAUCAGCAUUGUUAUCUACGGAGAUGGUUAUUUGUGGUCAGGUUUUUUUUUUAAUAAAAGCUCCUUCC